CCGAGCAUGCGCCGGAUUCCGUUAGACCUGGAAUAAUAGCAGAAAGACGUGUUUAUCAUGGCACUAUCAAAAAUUGGACUCGUAGGAUGUGGUAUAUUAGGUGGCAAGAUAGCAGAGAACCCAGUCACUGGAAAGGAAGAAGCCUGCAGAGACAGCUUAUGUGGCUACACAUCAGUUGGACCAUCCUACUUAGGUGACUUUGCUUACCAUGGCCUUGAGGUUUGGGUGUAUGACCAAAAUAAUGAAGUUUUGGACAGUUUAGUAGUACGUCUCAAGUAUGACAAGGAAAAACUAUGGAAAGAUAAAUUGAUGAUGCAGACAGACUUUGUUGGAAAUGUGUAUUAUAUGAACAAACUAGAAAGAGUUGCGAAGAAAUCAAAAUUCAUAUUUGAGUGUGUAAAUGAAGAUUUGAAGAUUAAACAAGAUGUAAUUGAGCGUAUAUCUCAUUGUUGCAGUCCAGAUGCUAUAAUAGCUUCAAGCACCAUGAACCUGAAAUUGGAUGAAGUGUUUGCAAAAGCAGUACAUCCAGAGAGAUGUAUUGGUGUUCGGUUUUUGUCUCCUGUCUAUUGUAUACCAGAAGUUGAAUUAACUCUUAGCUCAGUGACCAGCAAUGAAACACUGACAAAAGUUCAGGUAUUCCUUGGGAAUAUGGGGAAGAUACCAUAUUUCCGUACUAGGAAUGAAGCCCAUCUUCUCACCAAUGAAGAAAAGGAAGCCAGAAGAAUUGGUGAGACACUUGUUUUGCA